AUGCGACACAUGUCUCCUCUAGGCCUGACGUGGCUCCGCAUGGCUGUCCACGCGGCUGAGCGCAUCGUGACCAACGCGCCCUAUCUAGGAGUUUAUGGUAACUGCAAGAUGGACUACCCGGGAGACUGUCCCGUCCAUGGACCGCUAACGCAAGUGAAGGACACUCCGGUUCCUCUGGGUGACCCAAAGCGCGCAAAUAAUGCCGUGCCCGAUGGGUUGUCUGUGCGCCGUUCAACCAUCAAAGGCUCCCAGUACGGCCUGUUUACUUUGAAGUGGCUGCCCAAGAGGUUGUGCCUUGGGCCGUACGAGGGCGUCAAGGUGGACAGCAGCGCAGCAAACGGCUACACCUGGCAGGUGCGUAAUGGUCGAGUGUUCCUGGUGGACGGCCGCCCGUUGGACCGUGCCAACUGGAUGCGCUACGUUAACUGUGCUCCAAAGCAGAGUCAGCAGAACCUGGCGGCGUUCGUGCGCCAGGGAGCCGUAUACUACCGCACGUGCAAAGUGGUGAACGCCGCAGAAGAGCUGUUCGUGUGGUACGGUGACGAUUUCGCCAAGCAGCUGGGUCUCAUCGGCAACGCAGGGGCACAAGACCAAGCGGCCGAAUUGGACGCCGCUGUACCACGUGAGGUCUUCUCCUGCGCGGAAUGCGGCGAUCAGUUCACCGUGAAGCAACUGCUGGACAACCACCGGGGCGAUGUCACCAGGCACGGGAGGAUACACGCGGGCUACCGGCCAUUCGUGUGCCACGUCUGCGACAGGGGCUUCAACCGGCGAGGAUAUCUCAACAGCCACAUGGUGGUCCACACGGGGGAGAUGCCGUAA